AUGCAUCUCCAGCCUAUCGACAAUACCGAAAUGGAACCAUUCACAAUUGCCAUGGAUCCCGAACCCCGGCUCAACACCCAUGCGGAACCCCAGGAGACCUUUGACGACGUCUGGGGUUCGGCGCCAGCCUCACCUACUAUCAUCCCACUUGAUGCACCGGCAGGCACACACCCGUCCGAUAUGCCGAGACUGCAGGCUGAACAUACCACUGCCGGCUAUCGUGAGGGAGUUACCGCCGCCAAGGCCACGAGCAUCCAAGCUGGCUUUGACGAGGGCUUCAGUCUGGGUGCCGAGAUCGGCUCCCUCUCCGGCCAGCUUUUAGGUCUUCUGGAAGGCAUCGCCAAUGCCCUGGAUGGUCAGGAAGAAGCCGUCGCGAAGGAGGCACAGCGGGUCUUCGAGGAGGCUAGGAAAGAGCUCAAGACUGACUCGAUCUUCGGCCCAGACUUCUGGAAUACCGACGGUACCUGGAAGUUCGAUGUCGAGAAGAAUUCCGCGGACGAAAUUCUCUUCUCCGAUGUGGCUCGUGCCCAUCCCCUCAUCAAGAAGUGGACAAAGUCCGUAGACGCCGAGAUUGACCGAUGGGGUAUCGUUGUCAAUGCCAUCGGCGAUGCGGACGAGCAUGAGAGGCAGCCGAGUCCGGAACGGGUGCCGAGCUCUGCGGUGCCACAAACGAAGAAGGUGCUAGACUGGUGA